UGUUCCUGUGUGCCAUUUCACCUGUCACCACGACCACUGGACGAUACUGCUCCGAGUUCAUGAAUAAAGAAAGAUAAUUUGAUUGUUUAAAGGAAGACUUCACAUUUGCAAGGUGGGUUUGUGAUUCUUAAAGAAUUUGAAAGAAUGAGUGGGGGUGGAGAGGAGGAAGGGACGACGUUAGAGUUCACUCCAACUUGGGUGGUGUCCGCCGUAUGUACCGUCAUCGUCGGCAUCUCCCUCGCUGCCGAGCGCCUCCUCCACUAUGCCGGCAAGGUUGUUGAGCAUUUCUGUCUCUCGCACACACACGGGCAAACCAAACACUUAUUUGAAAAAGAAGAACCAGAAGUCCCUCUACGAAGCUUUACUGAAAGUCAAAGAAGAGUUGAUGCUGUUGGGGUUUAUAUCACUGAUGAUGACCGUGUUUCAAGGCCGUCUAGUCAAGAUCUGCGUGCCUGAUGACAUAAUGAAACAUCUUCUCCCGUGCUCGCUGCCUUCGGAAUCAUCUUCUAAUGGAGAAGGAUCCUCUCCAACGAGUCCAGAGGCAAGUGCGCAUCAUCGGCGAUUGCUAGCCGAAGCAUCAGCUGGCGUAGGUUACUGCAUUGCAAAGCACAAGGUCCCACUGUUAUCUCUUGAAGCAUUACAUCAUCUACACAUCUUUAUCUUUGUCCUUGCGAUUGUGCACGUGACAUUUUCUGUUCUCACUGUUGUAUUUGGAGGGGCCCAGAUUCGUCAAUGGAAGCGUUGGGAGGACUCUAUUGCUAAAGUUAAUUAUGAUACUCAACAAGUUCUUAUGCCAAGGGUUACCGAUGUUCAGCAACAUGAUUUCAUCAAGAAGAGAUUUUUGGGCAUGGGUAGACAUUCAGCCCUGUUGAGUUGGGUGCAUUCUUUUUUAAAGCAAUUUUAUGGAUCUGUCACCAAGUUAGACUAUGUAGCACUCCGUUUGGGUUUCAUUAUGACACAUUGCAGAGGAAGCCCAAAGUUUAAUUUUCACAGGUACAUGAUACGUGCUCUAGAAGAUGACUUUAAAAAGGUCGUUGGGAUCAGUUGGUACUUGUGGGCAUUUGUCGUCAUCUUCUUGUUGUUGAAUAUCAACGGUUGGCAUACAUAUUUUUGGAUCGCAUUCUUUCCUUUUUUUCUUCUACUUGCUGUUGGCACCAAGUUGGAGCAUGUGAUUAUCCAGUUAGCCCACGAGGUUGCUGAGAAACAUGUGGCCAUUGAGGGCGAAUUGGUUGUGCAACCUUCGGACAAUCAUUUUUGGUUCCAUCGACCCCACGUCGUUCUUUUCUUGAUUCACUUCAUUCUCUUCCAAAAUGCUUUCGAAAUAGCAUUCUUCUUCUGGAUAUGGGCUCAAUAUGGUUUCGACUCUUGCAUUAUGGGACAUGUUCGAUAUAUUGUUCCUCGACUUAUCAUUGGUGUAUUUAUUCAGGUAGUUUGCAGCUACAGCACGUUACCACUCUAUGCUCUCGUUACACAGAUGGGAACGCAUUUCAAGAAAUCUAUAUUUGACGAGCACGUGCAAGUUGGCCUUGUUGGUUGGGCGCAGAAGGUGAAGAAGAAGAGAGGGUUGAAUGCGGCUGCACUUGGUGGCUCUGCUGCUCAAGGUGAUCCGUCUCAAGGUAGUUCUACUUCAGUAAUACAGAUAGGCCAAUUGGGGCAUAACGAGACUACGACCCUUUGAGGCUCCACCUGCUAAUAACUCAUGAGGAAGAAACUAUUGCACACGAGGUUUGGUUUGUAAAACGAUAUUCUUAAGGAGGUUGUGGAUGUUGCCAUAUUUUGUACGAGACAAGACAACUGAGAAAAUUUGCUUCGAUGUCUUCUAUUUAUUAAUCAUGUCUAGUUUUGUUCAGUUCAGCAAAUCGAACAUGUUUGCAGGUUUUUGUUGUCAUAUAAAAAUGAUUUGGAAAUUGUAGUUUA